AUGUGUCCCUGCGUAGAGCGUCGUGCUCCACCUGGAGUUUACUAUACUCCGCCGCCGGCGAGAACAAGUGAUCAUGUGGCGGCGAUGCCGAUGACGGAGAGGAGGAGACCACCGUAUUCUUGUUCUUCGUCGUCGGAGAGACGUGAUCCGUUUCACAUUGUUCAUAAAGUUCCUUCUGGUGAUUCUCCUUACGUCAGAGCCAAACACGCGCAGUUGAUAGAUAAAGAUCCGAACAGAGCUAUAUCAUUGUUUUGGACUGCAAUAAACGCUGGAGAUCGAGUUGAUAGUGCUUUGAAGGAUAUGGCCGUUGUAAUGAAACAAUUAGGUCGAUCUGAUGAAGGGAUUGAAGCUAUUAAAUCCUUUCGGUAUCUCUGUUCUUUCGAGUCUCAAGACUCGAUUGAUAACUUGCUACUCGAGCUCUACAAGAAGUCAGGGAGAAUUGAAGAAGAAGCUGUUUUACUUGAGCACAAACUGCAAACACUCGAACAAGGAAUGGGAUUUGGUGGUAGAGUCAGUAGAGCAAAAAGGGUUCAAGGAAAACAUGUUAUUAUGACUAUCGAGCAAGAGAAAGCAAGGAUACUAGGGAACUUGGGCUGGGUUCAUUUACAGUUACAUAACUAUGGAAUUGCAGAGCAGCAUUACAGGUUUGGUUUUGUUACCAAAAUCCCAAAUAUUGAUUACUGUCUGGUCAUGAGAGCUUUGGGUUUGGAGCGAGACAAAAACAAACUCUGUAACCUUGCAAUCUGCUUGAUGCGUAUGAGUCGAAUUCCUGAAGCUAAAUCUCUGCUUGAUGAUGUAAGAGAUUCUCCUGCAGAGAGUGAAUGCGGAGAUGAACCAUUCGCAAAGUCUUAUGACCGAGCCGUCGAAAUGUUAGCAGAAAUAGAAUCGAAAAAGCCAGAAGCUGAUCUUUCGGAGAAGUUCUACGCGGGAUGUUCAUUUGUGAAUAGGAUGAAGGAAAAUAUAGCUCCUGGAACCGCAAACAAGAACUACUCAGAUGUUUCUUCGUCUCCAGCAUCUGUGAGACCGAACUCUGCAGGUCUAUAUACACAACCACGCAGAUGCAGAUUGUUUGAAGAAGAGACGAGAGGUGCUGCUCGAAAGCUACUAUUUGGAAAACCACAACCUUUUGGCUCUGAACAGAUGAAGAUCUUAGAGAGAGGAGAAGAAGAACCCAUGAAGCGAAAGAAACUGGACCAGAACAUGAUUCAAUAUCUCCAUGAAUUCGUCAAAGAUACAGCAGAUGGUCCGAAGAGUGAAUCAAAGAAAAGCUGGGCAGAUAUCGCAGAAGAGGAAGAAGCAGAAGAAGAAGAAGAAGAAAGAUUGCAGGGAGAGCUUAAAACCGCAGAGAUGUAG